CCCCCAGCUGUGAUUUCAACUAAGAUCUUGUUGUAAUUUCACGUGGGACAUCCUCCCGAAAUUUUAGUAGGGAGGUGGCAGGAAAAUGUCCGCAUAUGAAGUCCAGACCUUCAUAUGCGGACAUUUACAUUUUCACAUAAAGCCCCUGCAGAGAAGUUCAGGAAAGAUAUCCGGACUUCAGUGCAUGUCUGAAAGCAGCUGAAAUAUCUCAAAAACCGUUGGCUAGCCAUGAUAUUUUGUAUAGAUAUUCAUGCCCCACAGAGGAUUAAACCUGCUGACUUGGUGAUCCCUUGACUUUUUCUGUAGUGCUGUCAUUUAAGUUUGUCCAAAAUUUUGAUUUUGACCAAGAUUAAUGUCAUUUUUAUGCAUUCUUUUGGUCAGUGCUAAUGCUAGUGCAAAUAUUUUGUGUGCUACCACAAAUAUUUAAUAUGUAAUAAUUCUGUACAGUAAAUACUACACAUUAAUUGUUGAAGUAUACUGUUUAAAAAAUUAAACAGCAAGUCUUUGUUCAGAUUAAUUACUUUGUUAUUAAUUUGUUUUUCAAGAUUUUGUUUCACCACCACCUAUAAUUUAUACUGUUUUCCCUGCGUGGAGCAUUUCAUCCAUCUCCUUUGUGCAUUGCAUCAAAGGUGAAAAGUGCACAUUAGCAGCACAACCAAAACCAGUCCUUUUUUUAGUCUGUCUUGUCUGCUCUGCGGAUGCUUGUUUUUUUUUCUCGUCACUUUUCCAGUAUAAACACACUCCAUACUAAAACCUGUUUAGAGAUAAUGAGUAGCACUGAUUUGGGACACAUGGAUUGUGAUCAUGAUAAACAUGAUAACCAAACAACGCAGAGAGCCCUGUGCUUUAUGUUGGUUCUGUGAAGCUGUAGACUAGUUUGUCAAUGUGUGCGAGCUAUGUUACAUUACAUAACAUUACAUUCAUGUAGCUGUUGCUUUUGUCCAAAGCAAUUAAUAUUCAACAAUGAAGAUAUUACCCAAAAAGUGCAACAUUCAUGUGAGUACAUAAAAAUGUAUCAAAUAGGCAAAACAGCUUCUAGUGCUCUAUUUUUUUUGUUUUUGUUUAUUUGUUUGUUUUGUUUUUCUGCUAGGGAAAAUUAAUAUUACAAAUGCAAGAGUCUGUUCAUUAGUCAACAAAACAAAUUGAUUGAAAACAAAACUGUUCAUUAAUGUAAUGAUAGUUAUAAUGUGUAUGUGCAGCUUCUGCGCUACAGGGCAGUGAAUUGGACAGACAAUGUAGAAGUUUUAUGAAGAGUGUGAAGAACUUUCAAUACUAAUCUGGUAGCCUGACUUGUAAAUUAAUAUUCAAUCAGAUUAAUCAAGGUUUUAAAAUUGUAGGCAGCCGCAAACAUGUUGCUAAAGAAUAAAUUCAAACGGUUGAAGUCAUGAAUGAGCUUACCGAACACUGAUUCCAACUCUUAGGUCAUGCUAUAGCUAUAUUUUGUUAACAUAUAUUAUUAUAAUAAAACUCCACCUGAUAAAGGAAAGUGUAUGCAAAUGAACAUACAGCAAAUUGAGAUGUAAGAGGAAUAUAGAUAUGUUUGAGAAGAGACAUUAAAAUCCUUCCUCCAUUAGCAACAGGCUGUGGAGCAUAUAAUUUAAUUCCUACUGUUGCUGGGGGGGGGACAGAACAUGGGCGAUGCACAGGAGGAUGUAACUCCAGGCACGAUCUGAAAUACUGACCUUAUAUUCAGUUCUGAGAAUCAGACAAAAGAUUGAUAGAAAUAACAUGGUUAGCUGUAAUUUUGACAUUACUGUGUCACUGUGAUUUGUCUAAUGGAUUAACAGGUGUGGGGGAAAUAACAUUAGCUAAUAAUAGCUUCGUAAAGUCAGAUGCAUCAUGGGAUAAGAUGUUGUUCCAGACGAGAGAGACAGACACAUCCAUUACACCUUCUCUGAACAACAAUGUUAUACAAAAAACUCAAUAUAUUACUUUUAUUAAUAUAUUUGUUUAAUAAAUGGCAGUUUAUUCUACUUCUGAUUAAAUCAGGCACCAAAUUAUCCUUUAGUCUAUUGUGGUUUUACACUAUAUCUCAAGAAGAUUUGUGUUUGAAAUGUAAUUUUUGCUGGACUGCAUCAUGUUGUUCUCUGUAAUUUACUGUUCCACAAUGGUGAUGUGUGGAUUGAAAAGUGUGACAGGGUCAUAAGAGGAGAAAUACAGUUUGUCAUCCAAAUGUGUUGAGUGUUUGUCUUUCUCUGGUUAUUUUUGGGUUUUUUCUUCGAACAAUCUACAAACUGCGGUUUCAUUGUUUGGUCUGUCAUGCGCCCACUCUUUAAAAAAAGACAUUCAGGAUGAUGGCAACAUAACAGUUGUUUAUGUGUCAAUAUGAAUAAUUUUGUCAGGGCCCGACACAGUUCUCUGUCAGACUGAAAUGCUGCACUGUUAAAUUUAAUCUGUCGGGGGUAUCCGUGUGGUGUGCAGAUCUUUUGUCUGACUUUUGCCUUCAGGAGCUUCACCUGACUUGAACUUGACAGAACUUGUAGGAUCUUUAAUCAUCAUUCCUUCUUAAUCUCUUUGGAUAGAUAACUCUAAAAAUGUCAUAUUUUGUUCUGACACCAGGAAUUUUUAAUCGGUGGUUUGGUGGGAAAGGGCACUUCAGCUGUACUGUCAGCAAUGUACAAUUCAACUUUUAAAAGUGAUAAACAUGAGUUUCAAGCAUCCCCUACCCGCUUACUAACCCCAAACUUGGCUGGAGAUACAGUUAAAAAAUCCGUACAGUACACACCUCCGCCGAGGCCCAAUAGUUCCCCAAUGAAACCACAUUAAAAUCUGCUAGUUGUAAUGAGUUCUUGUUCUUGUCACUUCCUUCCACCAGGUUUUGUGGAAAUCUGUUUUGUUGUUUUGGUGAAAUCCUGCUGAAGAACAAACAAACAACCAACCAACAAACACACACACAGGGGUGAAAACAUAACCUCCUUGGCAGGGAUAACACCUGACAAAGCCAUCAACUUCAAAGUGAAACAUAUAGAUUUCAUCAAGUAUCAUAUUCUUCCUCCUCCAUAGUUUGAACUUCUUCUCAUUUAAUAUGUAAAGGUAAUUUAUUUCAAUUCCUGGUAUCAAAGAAGCUAAAGUAAAGAUGCCCAUGUUGGUAUUAUAGAAGCACAAAGUGACAAGCUUCUCAAGCCCCACGAAAGUGGUCUUAUUACCAAAUGUGUCAUGCAUCAUGUUUUUGAAUAUCCACAAAAACUUCUGUAUAUUGAAAGAUCUGUGGAGAUUCUCAUUUAUCCAGGUCAUAGUUAUCCACAAGAGUGUUGAAUCAGGAGCAAGCAAACUUGGUUGGCCAGUUGUUCCUAAUGUAUAUUUAAAUAACAUGCAUUGAUACUGGGAGCCAGUAACAAUAGACCAACUGCUCUACUACUAAAACUGAAACUAUGGUUACUGUGAGUGAUAUGAUAUUUGAUGAGUGGUGAGUUUCUCUUCGGCCAGUUUCCUCAUUGCUGGGAGACUUGUCAGACUCUAGGGAACACCUGGUGGAAGAGAUUGCCCUCUUCGCGCCUCAUCACGGAAGAGACAGAGACGUUUGAUUUGAGGGGAUAUGAUCACGUCACAGCGGGUGGUGAUGGAGUACUCUGCCUCAGGGACCUGAAUUUGAAUGGGCCACAGACAUCAACGGUCACUGCCAAAUUCGGUCGUUGAGAUGUGCUCAAUUCUCCAUUGUUUUUUUUGCAAGAUUAAAACCCACUUAACAUAGUCAAAGGGACAGUUUGAGGACCGAUCUGUCUGGGUGCUCUGCCUUGAGUUGUGCUGAAGAUGUGAGAGCCUCUUUUCAUUGUAAUUAGGGUAUGCACUCUUGGAGCCUCUUUGCACAUCUCUAAACCCAAGCUCAUGGUGACUUGUUCAUGGUGGUAUCUCUUCUCUUUAUCUUUGUCGUCACUACACAAUAUUUGGUUGAUAUAAAUUGUGUCGUCAAAACAGAUAACACACAAGGAGAUGAAGAUUACAAACUGGCACACAGUUCACCCCCAUUCAAGCUAAUGAAAUGUAUUGCAUUAAUAAUAGCGUGCUAAAUGGAGCCGGUGGACUAGCAGAUGGGUUUUGUUUUCCCUCGUACCUCAUUUCCAUAACGUUCGGAGGCAAUGUAAAAAAAAAACUAAAAAGAAAAUACAAUGCUACGGCUCUGUGUUGUUGAAUCUGUGGCGUCCCUGAAUAGCAGUGCCAUCACUCUUUCAUUACAAGAGUAAUCAAUCAAUUUCUAACAAGGAAAUUUAUGGUGAUAACUCAUCAUGGGGUUAUUGUGAUUUACACGGAGAAAUCCAUCUUUGUAUGUGUUAACUGUUGAUCAGCUGUUGAUUCGAAUGCUUCCUUAGAGAGAUAGAGCCUGCAUUUACCUGUCAAUCAGCAGGUAGUGCUGUGCUGGAUGGGUCGUUUGAAAUACUCUGAGGGUGUAUAAUUCUUUUUUAUUUUUUGUUUUAUACAAGCCGCAGCUACGGCAGAUAUUUCCUCCAGUGAUGGUUUAUUAUAAUGUAAAACUGCAGGUUGGACUGAGCGAUGACGCAGAGCAGGAAGCAAGACUUGCCUGUAGCUUUCUGUUAAAUACUAAUCCAUUCUGUUCUGUGGGAGAGCAGAACGUCGGUUUGUAAAUAGACUCAGUAUCCUGAGAUCUGCAAGAGAAACGUUUUCCUUUAUUAGAAAAAAAGAUUUAACAAUGUUUCUGCAUGCUCACGAGUUGAGAUCAUAAACUGGACUUUAGUCUGUAAUCUGUUGAGUGAGUCAAUGGACAUUGGUUUAAUCUGCUCCCUCUAAACAGGGCACAACUUUAUUACCUGUCCACAUCCAAUGGAUUUAAAGUGCUUCCUUUAUUUAUUUAUUUCACUCAUAGUCUUUUGUAAAUUUAACCUGUUCCUUCUUCGUGGUUUUUCUUACAAGAUAAUGUACAUGAAGAUAUUUUAAUCUUGCAUCUCAUUUAAAUGUAUUUUCUAGCCAGAAACCAUUUUUAGGAACUAGAGAACAUGAACAACCACCAUGAGGAACCAAGGUUAAACUUUAACUUUGCCAAAAAUGUCCCUUCUCUGAGAUAGAAAUUACUGAUGAUCGUUCAGGAACUUUCACUUGCUAACACAAACAAUAUACUGCUUGAGUUUAUUGCAUAAUUCACCUAGUACAUGAGCACUGGUGCAAAAAUAUCCUAAAUUCAUCUUGGAAAGGAUAUUUGUCUCCUCUUGUCCUGGCCAAGGUGGCAGCACCGACAUCACAUAAGUCAGACUUCUAAUAAAUUAAGUAAAAUAAGAGGAGAAUAAUCAGAAGAUCAUGAAUCCAACGUGAUUAGAGCAGCAAUGUAACGCUGCUAAAACAGCUCAAGGAAUAUAUGAAGAGGUUAAUAUCGAAAUAGGUAAUUUAAUUACCUAUUUCUUUUGCAUCCUUAGUUGUUGACUUUUGUGAUGCACUGUUUUUUUAUUUCAGUCUAUUAAUAUUUCUGUUAGUUGAGAUAAAAACGUAUGUGACAAUGUAGGUUGUAGUGAAAUGUAGGUGACAUUUCUUGACUUUUUUGGCUAACAAAAGGUACAAAUAUUUGUCCAAUCAUUACCCAUAUAUGAUACAUGGUUAUCACUUCCAUACUAUUUUAUGUAAUGAAUCAAUUGGAACCAUUUGAGUCGUUCAGCUAUUGGAAAAUGUUGUCCUCUUGACAAACAUUUCCAUGACAGAAAACUGCCAUGAAAACAUUUUAUUGAGUUAAAAUAUGAUUUUAUGCUUUCACUGAGUUUAUUUUUUGUCAGUCCUGUACAUAACUACCAAAUGAUUUAAAUGCCACUGUUUUUUAAAUAAAAACAGGAAAAAGAACCAAAUUGUUUUCCAUGUACUGUUUUAACUUUGGGAGGUUAACACAGGGAUAUGUCAAUGUAGUAAUAACAUUGAUCUUUUUGCAUUAUUUUUUGUGUCGUAUAAUUAAAAAUAAAUAAAUGAAUAAAAACUCCCUCUCAUUACGUUAAAUGACCCCAGUGGGACAUAACUAAAGAAAUAUUUUGUUAUUCUGUGGGACCUAAAAUAAGUAUAACCAAAGUUCAAGUCAGACAAGGAGUAAUCUGUAUGGACUGUGUUGCCUUAUUGUUCUUCAUGUGUGAGGAAUAUUUUCCCUCCUAAAGACAGCAUGCGGAGUUGGUAUCACUGGAUAACAUUAAAAACUGACCGAGCAACUCCUCUCGCCCCCUAAGGUCAGUUUUCAUUGUGCUACUGAAUGUAACCCCUGAUAAGUGGGUGGAUCAAUAGUUCCCAGCCACCCAGUCUCCUUUAAUUUAAGCACCCAGUGGUCUAGUGGCCAGUAGCUCCAGCUUGACCCCGGGGUUGAACAAUGGUAGUCAACAAGAUCAUCAAAUACCUGCUUUUUACCUACAACUUUUUAUUUUUCCUGGGUGGACUGAUUAUUCUUGGUUUAUCCAUACACACCAGGAGCAACAAAGCAGACUACCAGAUCACCGAUGAAGUUCUCCCAGCAAUUAACCUCCUGGUAUUUGUUGGCGCCAUGACUAUGAUUUUGGGCUUCCUGGGCUGCUGUGGAGCGAUCAGAGAGGACCGGUGCCUGCUGGUGCUUUUCGUCAUGGGCCUGCUUUCAGUGUUUCUCAUGAUGUUGGCUGUGGGUGUAUUGGGAGCCAUAUCAAGAACAGCGACUGCCCAGGAGGUGGUGAAGGAGCACCUGAAGGAGCUGCUUCCACUGAGCAAGCAACCGAAGGACGUUCAGGAGUCGUUUCAGCAGCUGGAAAGAAACGGCUCCUGCUGUGGACUCUUUGAUGGACCCCUUGACUGGGGAAACUCAACGGUGGUGCCCAACUCCUGUAACUGCGCAGACAUCUCCACAAACUGCACGGUUUUUGACGGACGUGUGAUAUACUCAACGCCGUGCAUGAGGUACCUGAUGACGUGGUUGGACAGAGUAUCAGAGUCACUCAUGGGGACUGCGUUUGCAUUUGCCAUCUUGAUGAUUUUGGCCAUGAUUUUCUCAUCAGUCAUGUUUUGUCAGAUUUGUGUCAAAAAGGGUAGCAUCAUUUAAAAUAUUUCUAACAAGGUCUGAGGUUCACAGGAGCUGGUGGAAAGAGAGACAAUUAUGUUCGACUUCAUUUGAUUUGUUUUCUCAUCUCACCCCCAUUGUAAUUUUUGUUUCUACUCUUUUGUCCUUCUGUUCAUAUAUUUUGUAGAUUUUAACUCUGAACUGCAUAUUACACAUCUUUGAUAAUAAAACUGUCUGCCGUA